GAAGUGUUUCAAAGUGUCCACAGCUGAGGGAGAAGAAGCUGCUGGGUGUGAGUUUGGGGAUCUCUACUGUGUGCACGUGCUGAGCUGCUGCUGCGGAAGAAGCCAUUUAUUUUUGGCAUUUGACAUUAAGGCUCAACCUUUAUAACAUGGGACCAGCAAUCCUACAGCUAUUCCGCAGCACUGGGGUCUGACUGGAUUUCUUUGUGGCGGAUUUUACGCUUUUUGGAAGGACGUCCAGUUUAAACAUGGAGUCCCUCUGGAGCAGCUGAAAGAAAAAACUGAAAGACGAGUGUGCUGUGAGCUAUAAAAGGAAAACAGCUUUACACACAUUUGGAAGUGAACCAGCGUUUCUCCAUCAUGACCAAAGAGGAGGAGAUCCCAGACUGGGUGGGAGCGAAGGAGUUCUACGACAAGUACGACCCCAAGGAGAUUCUGGGCAGGGGAGUAAGCAGUGUGGUCCGUCGCUGUGUGGACAAGCGCACGGAUCAGGAAUAUGCAGUAAAGAUCAUAGAUAUCACCCCGUCUGACAAAAUGACUCCGCAGGAGAUCGAGGAGAUCAGAGAAGCGACAGUGAAGGAGAUCGACAUUCUUAGGAAAGUUUGCGGGCAGGAAAACAUCAUACGGCUGAAAGAUUGCUAUGAGUCCAAAGCCUUCUUUUUCCUGGUUUUUGAUCUGAUGAAGAAAGGGGAACUUUUUGACUACCUCACAGAGAAAGUAACUUUGACAGAGAAAGAAGCCAGAAAGAUUAUGCGUGCUUUGCUGGAGGUGCUCCAGUUCCUUCACAGCCAGAACAUCGUUCAUCGGGACCUUAAACCUGAGAACAUCUUGCUGGAUGACAAUAUGAACAUCAAACUCACAGAUUUUGGCUUUGCUGUGCAGAUCCAGCCAGGACAGACAUUGAAAGAAGUGUGCGGGACGCCUGGUUACCUGGCUCCUGAGAUCAUCGAGUGCUCCAUGGAUGCAGGACACCAAGGAUACGGUACAGCUGUUGACAUAUGGAGCGCUGGUGUGAUCAUGUACACGCUGCUGGCCGGCUCUCCGCCUUUCUGGCACAGAAAACAGAUGCUGAUGCUCAGGAUGAUUUUAGCAGGGAGCUACGACUUCUCAUCUCCAGAGUGGGAGGAUAGCUCUGACACAGUCAAAGAUCUGAUCUCCCGGAUGUUGGUGGUGGAUCCAAGGCAGCGGUUCACUGCUUCAGAUGCUCUGAACCACACGUUUUUCUCCCAGUAUGUGGUGAACGAGGUGCGACAGUUCAGUCCAUACAGGAGGUUCAAGGUCAUCUGCAUGACUGUGCUCGCCACGAUGCGCAUCUACUGCCACUACCGCCGUGCCAAACCCGUCACCAAGGAGGUGAUAAAGAGCGACCCGUACGCCGUCAAGCCCAUCCGCAAGCUCAUCGACGCGUGCGCCUUCAAGAUCUACGGCCACUGGGUCAAGAAGGGCCAAACUCAGAACAGAGCUGCGCUUUUCGAGAACUCUCCGAAGAUCGUCCUGCUCUCCCUAGCCGCCGAGGCGGAUGAGCAGGGCCAGCACGGCUGGUAAUGUGCCCGCAGGACUGGGAAUCACUUCGAUUCAAGAAACUGAACUGGUAAACUAAAAAACAGCCCAAGUCGGAUGUUCUUUGAAUGUUACCGUUUGGAGGACGUGCUUCAAAAGCUUUUUAUGCAAGAGGCUUUUGGAUUUCUGUUCUGAACAAGCAGAGAAUGAUCUGGAAAGUAAGUUCUUAAUUUAGGUGAAUGUCGCCUCCAAGGCGCUGAGUCAAGUCUUCAUCUUUUGUCAGACUAUUUAUUCACUUACUGUAAGACCAGUAUGUAGAUUUUAGUUUUAAAGCUUGUUUUUUUCCCCCAAAAUGCCUGGAUGGCUGAAAAUUCAGUGAACUUGUAUAUUUGAAACUCUACAGGUUAAAAAGAUCAUAUAAUGACAAUUGCUCUAAUAAGAGAGUACUUUAAUUUGCAUAAUAUAAACAUAUUUAUUAAACCUUCCAUUUAUUUGAAGGUUGUGUCUUUGAGGUGAAGAUAUUUUGGAUGUGUUUUAUGCAUCUCUCCCAGAGCGCUUUGUUUCCAACUACACAAAUGCAGCACACACAGGGUUGGUUUCAGCACAGUGACAGGUUUAUUAUGAAGGAGUGGGGGCAAGGGGUCAAAUAAACACCACAGGUCACAGAGGGCUUGUUUCUGGCACAAGGUCUUCCUCAUUCCUGUUCAGGGGUGGCCCUGCUGUGUCUGUUUUUAGCUUCAUGUGCGAUCUGGCUGUCUAAAGGUCUGAAAAGUUAUUGUGUUACAUGAAACUAGAUGUAACACGUAGUUUUUAAAUGUUGUAAUAAUAAUAAUGCCACAGACAAUUGCUUUGUGAUUGCCAAAAGAAAAAGAGGGAAAAGGCAGUCAGUGAAGUGUAGUUACCACAGAUGAAAGUGUCGAGUCUCUUCCCGUUUGGAAACUGGGCGCCCUGCUGGAAAAUACGGCAGGAAAAUUAAUUUCUAGAAACCUAUCAUGAAUGUCAGGUACAUCACUGUACUCAUUCCUGUGUAGCCAGACAAAGCUGAGGAAAGCAGUUGCCCAGGUGAUUUUGUUUUUGGCAGAAAUGAGACGAGGCUGUUGCACGGUGUCUGACUGUGUCCAGCACAGAGCCCAGCUGGAGCAGAAUUCAGCCGUGCCACGGGUCACCUUUCCUUUCCACUGAUCGCAGUAAUUAUGUAACGUGUGUGACCGUUAACGGUGAGAGUAAAACAUACCGUCCUGCGAGAAGGUCGGGUCAGCUACAGCAGCCGCCGGGAGUAGUACAGCUCAAUCACAUGCUGCAGGACUGACGAAUGAAAAGCAGAGCAGACUGUAGGGAAGGCCUCACUGAUUGUAUCAGUGAUGCAAACAGAGAUUUUAAUCCAAGGUUUUCAACGUGUUGUCACUCUGACGUAAGAACGAGGGACAUAAUGACCACUCUGAUCUUGUCGUGUCAGUUUGUGAGAGCAGUAAUUUAGCAUGGUGUCUGACUGUAUUUACUACAUCCAAAGUAACACAGAAUUCAGCCAUGCAUCCAGAAACAUGCUAUAAACAUGCGGUUUUAAACACAUUAUGGCUAGUAACAUGUUCUGUGGUGAUAAUUCAACAAGAUUAAAGAACUAAAGCACUCAAAGCAUGCUUGGUGUGUGGAUGUUAGGAUACCCUUUAAAAAAUAAAAAAGAUAUUUGAACAGCCAUCCUAGCAGUUCAGAAAACCAUUACACUACCUUAAAUACAUAGUGAUGCCAUAUUGUUCAGACCCAAUAUUUUCUGAUUAUUACUGUUUUAUAAUGGAAUAAAUCAAGACUGAUUUGACAUGAA